GCGUCGUUGCGACCUGCUACUUGCUACUAUUAGGAAAUCGGUUCUGGUGUGUUCUGUAUAUUUUAGCCAUUGACAUCAACAUUCAAGUUUUUCUUCCGAUUUUCGUGCUCUGUGACGUAAAUAUAGUAGUUUCCAAUCAUGGAAUCAGACAAGUCGACUUUUCAACCCAUAGAUUUAGUGGGCAAAGUUAUAAUUAAAGUUCAAUUAGGUGAUGACAUAAGAAAAGUAUUAAUUCACAAUGAGUCUAUAACAUACGAUGAAUUAUUAUUAAUGAUGCAACGAAUAUUUAAUGGAAAAUUAACAGCUAAUGACGAUCUCACCAUCAAAUACAAAGACGAAGAUGGAGAUUUGGUCACUGUAUUUGAUAGUCAAGACUUAUCAUUUGCUUUACAAACAAGUAGGGUAUUAAAAUUGCAAGUAUUUAUGAAUAAUUUAAGCUAUCAAGAACGACUGAAGUCUAAACUAAAUCCUGACGAACUUAAAAAACAAUUGCGAGAAAUAAGAGAUGCUGUGACAUGGUUAUUAGAUACAAUUGAAGUUCCUAAUGAAGGAAACAAUAAUAAUGUGUCAAAUUCUAUACAACAAGAACCAGUGAAUGUUGCAUCACCAGAAAUACCAACAGAUAAUGGAGUUACUAAGGAAUUUGAUCCAUUACGUAAUUCUAAAGAAGAACGCUCAAAAACUCCUCAAACUUCACAGCAGGUUAAAUCUGAAGUAUCUCAGGAUAAUUUAGCUAUGUCUCAACCUCAAAGACAAACUCCACCAGUUCAGCAGUCUCAAAUUCCUCAAACUAUGUAUAAUGGACAAUCUCAAGGCAAUAUGAAUCAACACAAUCCUUACUCUGGAGGGCAAAUCCCACCACCAGGGCCUCAGACUAAAUGGGUGAAUCCUUAUCAGCAACCAGGUAUGCGUGCGUCCUAUCCAACAGCUCAAUACUCUUAUCUUUACUCAGCACAAAUACCAGCAUCUGGUUAUUCCCAAAUAACAGCUCAAAUGAAGCCACCUACUGGAAAUCAGCCUGUUCAUUCAUUGUAUUAUCCGACUAAUACAACCCCUAAUCCACAAUAUUCUGCUUCUCAGUAUCCAGGACAAUAAUGAUGAAAGUUACUAUGAUACAACCGCCAACUGAAUGGACUGAUUUACCCAUUUAAAAUAUA